UUCAGACUCAUAGCUCAACCUCACAGUUGCAGUUGGAUGUAUCACUAUAUAUUAACUGCAAUGCUGUAAUUCUUGUGAUUAAUGGAGAGCUUUUCUAGUGCUACAUAAUAGAAGAGGAUUUUUUGUGUUUUGAUCUCAACAUAGAGGGAAUUUUUGAAGCUAAUUUAUGACUUGCACUCUGAAUUGAUUGUGAAACAUAAGAGACAUUGCGGUCUGCAUGCUUCCCACACCACAGCUUUCAGAGCUGAAAUCAACAGGGCUAUUGCUGUAUGACUGGAUUUGUCGCUGUAAUGUGCUCUUGACGUGCAUUUUUGAGAGGUGAGCAUGCAGUCUUUUUGUUUUAAAGCAGAGUUUCAGCAGUUCCAGACCCAGAUACUCUCACCCAGACUCUCAUCCAACCCAGGGAUACAUAUUCUCAGAACACUGAUGCCAAUUACAUGGGGUCGUAGCUGAACUGAGACAUAAUUGAUUGGCUGGGCCUUUGGCAAUGAUGGUUCCACGCAAGCGAGGAGGGCGGGGCUUCUCCAUCCUCUGCUGCCGCUUCAAGCGGAAUGACCAUCCCGAAAUCACCUAUCGCCUCCGUCAUGACAGCAACUUCACACUGCAGACCAUGGAGCCCACCCUGCCUAUGCCCCCCACUGAGGAACUGGAUGCCAUGUUCACAGAACUGGUGGAUGAGCUGGAUCUCACAGAAAAACACAGAGGGGCCAUGUUUGACCUUCCCGCAGAGAAAAAAUGGCAAAUCUACUGUAGCAAGAAGAAAGAACAAGAAGAGAAUAAGGGGGCAACCAGCUGGCCUGAAUUCUACAUUGAUCAGAUCAAUUCAAUGGCUGCCAGGAAGACCCUGCUGGCCCUGGAGAAGGAGGAUGAGGAGGAGAGGAAUAAGACCAUAGAGAGCCUGAAAACUGCUCUCCGCACACAGCCAAUGAGGUUUGUGAUGCGCUUCAUAGACCUCGAUGGCCUGACGUGCAUCCUGAACUUCCUUAAAACGAUGGACCAUGAGACCACAGAGUCUCAGAUCCACACCUCUCUGAUUGGCUGCAUUAAAGCCCUGAUGAACAACUCUCAGGGACGUGCCCAUGUGCUCGCCCACACCGAAAGCAUCAACAUCAUUGCCCAGAGUCUGGCCACCGAGAACAUCAAGACCAAAGUAGCGGUCCUUGAGAUCAUGGGUGCUGUGUGCUUAGUACCUGGAGGACACAAGAAGAUCCUGGAAGCCAUGUUGCAUUAUCAGAAGUUCGCCUCUGAGCGAACGCGAUUUCAGACCCUUCUAAACGACUUGGACAGGAGUAUGGGCCGCUACAGAGAUGAGGUGAACCUCAAGACGGCAAUUAUGUCCUUCAUCAAUGCUGUCCUAAGUAAGGGAGCUGGGGAGACCAGUUUGGAGUUCCGAAUUCAUUUGCGGUAUGAAUUUCUGAUGCUGGGCAUCCAACCAGUGAUUGAUAAAUUGCGGUCCCAUGAAAACGCCACAUUAGAUCGGCAUUUGGACUUCUUUGAUAUGCUACGAAAUGAAGAUGAAUUAGUUCUCGCAAAACGAUUUGAAAAUGUUCAUAUAGACACUAAAAGUUCCACUCAGGUGUUUGAUCUUAUCCGAAAGCGAAUCAACCAUACAGAGGCCUUUCCACACUUUAUGUCUGUAUUACAGCACUGUCUUCAUAUGCCUUAUAAAAGAAGUGGGAACACAGUACAUUACUGGCUCCUCCUCGACAGAAUUGUCCAGCAGAUUGUCUUGCAGAACGACAAGGGUCACGACCCGGAUGCGGCCCCUCUGGAGAACUUCAAUGUGAAAUACGUGGUGCGAAUGUUGGUCAACGAGAAUGAGGUGAAACAGUGGAAAGAACAAGCAGAAAAAAUGAGAAAAGAACAUAAUGAACUUCAGCAGAAGCUGGAAAAGAAAGAGAGGGAGUGUGAUGCAAAAACACAAGAGAAGGAAGAAAUGAUGCAAACGCUCAAUAAGAUGAAAGAGAAGCUGGAGAAGGAGAGCAGCGAGCAUAAGCUUGUUAAACAACAAGUGGCUGAUCUUUCUGCACGGAUUCAUGAGAUGAGCAAUAGGACAAAUAUCCCUGGGGGCCCGCCUCUCAUCCCAUUGGCCCCUGGUAGCAUCCAACCUCCUCCCCCAGGACCGGCUGGCCUGCCACCUCCUCCACCACCUCCAGGUGGAGCACCCCCCCCUCCACCCCCUCCAUCUGGGGGACCACCACCUCCACCAGGCCUACCAUCCUUUGGUGCUCCUCCUCUACCAGGAGGUCUUCUGGGAUCCACACUGAAAAUGAAGAGCAUACCUCAGCCAUCCAAUCCUCUCAAGUCCUUCAACUGGACCAAACUCGGUGAAAAUAAACUGGAAGGGACAGUGUGGCUGGAACUGGACGAUAUCAAAGUUUUCAAAAUUUUGGACUUGGAGGACAUUGAGAAAACUUUCUCAGCUUACCAGAGACAACAGAAAGAGUCUGAGGAUGACACAGUAACCUCUAAAAAAGUCAGAGAAUUAUCAGUCAUCGAUGGCAGGCGUGCACAAAACUGCAACAUCCUUCUCUCAAAGUUAAAACUAUCAAACGAUGAGAUCAAGAGAGCCAUAUUAACAAUGGAUGAGCAGGAAGAUCUGCCUAAGGAUAUGCUGGAGCAGCUGCUGAAGUUUGUUCCAGAAAAAGGUGACAUGGACCUUCUUGAGGAGCACAAACAUGAGUUGGAUCGGAUGGCGAAGGCAGACCGGUUCCUCUAUGAGAUGAGCAGAAUCAACCACUACCAACAACGGCUGCAGUCGUUAUACUUCAAAAAGAAGUUUGCAGAAAGAGUUGCUGAAAUCAAGCCGAAAGUGGAAGCUCUCAGCAAAGCAUCUAAAGAGGUUCUUCAGAGCAGGAAUCUCAGACAGCUUCUGGAGGUGGUGCUGGCCUUUGGUAACUACAUGAAUAAAGGCCAGCGAGGGAAUGCCUAUGGCUUCAAAGUGUCCUCACUCAACAAGAUUGCAGACACAAAGUCCAGCAUUGACAAGAACAUCACUCUAUUGCACUACCUGAUAACCAUGCUUGAGCAGAAGUACCCUGAAGUCGCUCUGGUUCACGAGGAUCUGCUGAGCAUUCCAUCUGCUGCCAAAGUCAACAUGAAUGAGCUGGAGAAAGACAUCAACAACCUGAGCUUUGGUUUAAAGAGUGUGGAGACAGAGCUUGAGUACCAGAGGGGUCAACCUCAGACUUACGGCGAUAAGUUUUUGUCUGUCGUCGGUCAGUUCAUCACCGUGGCUGGUUUUAGUUUCUCUGACGUUGAAGACUCUCUUCAGGAGGCCAAGGAUUUGUUUGAGCAGGCAGUGAAACACUUUGGAGAAGACGCCACGCGCAUGCAGCCUGAUGAGUUCUUUGGAAUCUUUGAUCAGUUCCUGCAGGCCUUCACUGAAGCUAAGCACGACAAUGAGAACAUGCAACGACGCAAAGAUGAGGAGGAGCGCAGAGCCCGCUUGGAGGCACAGCUCAAAGAACAGCGUGAGAGAGAGAGAAAAGCCCGGAAGGCCAAAGAGAACUGCGAGGAGGACGGAGAAUUCGACGAUUUAGUAUCUGCACUGCGAUCUGGCGAGGUGUUCGACAAAGAUAUGACAAAGUUCAAACACAAGCGUAAACGUCCUGCCAAACAGAGCGCUGAGAGCAGCAGGGAGAGGCCUAUUGCCAAACUCAACAUCUGAGAGAGCUGUGCAAGUGAGUGCCGCCCCCUGGUUGUAAACCCGUGAAAUUAAAUCAGAGUCUACUUGGUGUGAACUGAACUACACUCACAGGAGGAAUGUUUUGUUGUAGCUCGGGUCAGAGAAAGGCUCUACCUCUACGUUUAUAACUGGAGAGGGUUUCCAGACUCAUUUGACCCUUGCUGGUUGCCAAAAUGCCAAACGUUUAAUAAAUGCUUUUCCAAUUGACAGUGUUUUGACUAUGACAAUAGUUUGCAUGGUGCUGGUAAGCUCAGGUUAGAUGCCACAAGGAUUCAAUAGUUUUCUUCCAAGAAAGAAUGGCUAGAAAGGGCGUCAUUCUUUAUAAGCAUCACAAACAACUGGUGUUGAAAUGUAGAAACUCCCUUUUAAAAGUUAUAUUUUUACAGAGCAAAUUUACUUUUAAGACAUACCCUAAUACCUAAGAACUCUGGGCACAUUGAUAUAUGUACGUCCACUCUGACGCUGUAUGGAUUUGUAAUUUAAUUACAAUAAUUGGUGUGCAAACUAUGCAAUCAACACAGGCCAUGUUUUGCAACAUAUGGUCUAGCAAAGCUUUACAAAAAUAAAUUGGACUUAGUAAAGCAGUUUGCAUAAUUCAUUGUUGUAAAUAUGUGUGACACAAACGUUGAAACCAAUGGUCUGCACAAAUUUACAGCCUUCUCAUUUUGCCAAGUGAAUAUUUAAUUCUGUUACGCUUGUAUCGCGAGCACAAACAACUAUGUGCUUGUACGCUGCCCAUCCCAGACCUGUUAAAGUACAAUGCACAGAACGAACAAACUUUACGAAAUCAAAGUGUUCUACAGAUUCCAUGUAUUAAAUAUGCUGACAGGAAUUAUAGUGGGAAAAAAAAUGUUAAGGUCAAACUUUGAUUGCAGAUAUAUUUAUGAUAAAAUCAUCACAAUAUCCCUAUUUUCCCAUGGUUACCAAAAAUAACAUUAAUAAGAAAAAACAAUGCAUCUUACACAAAUCAAACUGUUGCAUGUAAAUUAUUGUGAUUUCUUUUGUUUGUGUCUAUGCUUGUAUAUAUGUACAUAUGCCCAUCGUUAACUCCUCAGACCAAGGCUUAUUCUCAGCCCUUGACACUACGAUUUUGUGCUAAAACUUUUUCCUGUUGAUCAGAUGCCAUUUAAUCUUUUCACUAAAUUGUAAUAUUGUAUUACUUUGUAAUAGUUUCCUUUGUCUGCGGGUUUGUUUAGUCUUUAUUUAAGAAAUCUUUUUGAUGUGAGAUAGAUAAUCAAUAAAUAAACCCAGAGGGUCAUUUAAUUUUGGAAUGACUCUUGAUUUGUGUCUUAUGAUUCUUCAACAUGAUUCAAGGUUAUUUAUC